AAAGCCACAAUUUAGUAGUGUGUUUUGGCAAACGCCAAAAAGUAAGGGUGUCCUGUAGCAAUUUUUCCCAAAAAAAACCGAGCAGGAUCUCUCGGAGAAGAAGAGGAAGAAGCGCAAAUCUCCAAACCCUAGAGGAAUCCCGACCAGCUUCUAUCUAUGAUCCCGGGCCAUGGACCCGGGGCCCUCGUCUGCCAGUGCUAACCCGUCCCCGCUAGAGGAGGAGGAGGAGGAGGAGGAGGAGGAGGGGGAGGAGGGGGACAGCAGCACCGGCAGCAGGUGGGUGGUUGUGCCGGGGAGCGAGGUGCUGGGUGCCGACGCGCCCAAGGUCGUCGGCUGGGAGGAGCUACAGCAGGAGCUCGCGCGCCUCUGGAGCCUGUCCGCCGCGCUCGCCGCCGCCAGGGACCGCAAGGCCGGCCUCGCCGCGCGCCUCGAGUCCGCGCUCGAGGCAAGAAAGGCAUUUCUUCAGCAGGAUAAUGAGUUGGCUGAGAUGAGGCAGAGAUUGCAAUCACAUGCUGAUUUUAUGGGGGAAUUGAGGAUGCAAACGAAGGAAGUGUCGGCGAAUGUUGAGGAUCGAAGGGAACAACUUUGUGUCAAGAUCAGAACACUGACGGUAGCAGACAAAACUGUUGGCGCAGCGCAAAGUAAAUUACAGGAACCUUGUAAAUUGCUGUCCGGGGAACAUGGCCAUGGUCGUCUUAAAGAUCUGGAACGAAUGUUACGCAUGAGACAACAAUACAUGAUAGGACAAGUUGCUCAGAUAUAUCCUGUGAGGCCCUUGAAUGAGCAAUCUCCAAUUGGGAAGCCUGGAUUAAACUCCAGUAUCACUAGAACAGGAGUUGGUGAAGCAGUGUCGCCCAAUGGUUCACAAAACGGACAGACGCCUUUGGCCAUUUUGGGUCUACAGUUAUCAAGGCUUUCUAUAAAAAAGACCAGCUACUUCAGUGACAAGACAGAGAUUCAAAAGUCUGCUACUCUUCUUGGAUAUGUUGCACAUGCGGUCUCCCUUGUUGCAUCAUAUCUCGAUGUUCCUCUUCGAUAUCCACUACGGUUGGGAGGUUCACAUUCAUAUAUUGUUGAUCAUGCCCCUUCAGUUGACCCAUCUAUAGCCCCAGGAGUAAGUUCUUCUACGCCUUUGAGCACAAGCAUGAGGACAAUGGAAUUCCCUCUGUUUUUUGAAGGCCAAGAAACUACAAGAUCGGCAUAUGCUGUAUUCUUGUUAAACAAGGAUGUCGAACAACUUCUGAACCACAUUGGUGCUGAAAGUCUUGGGCCAAGACAUGUACUAGCUAACCUGAAGCAGCUAACAACCAUUGUCCAGUCACAACGAUACAUUUCUGAUUGAUUUAACCCAAAGGAACACAGUUUUGAAUUUCUGAGGGAUAUUAUUGCUUGCUUAUGGCUGAGUCCUAGUGUAACCAGGUGCUGUUUUUAGCGAGCACCUUUCCUUUCCCAGGACAGAAAUGAGCUCAGGCCUCCCUUUGCUGACAUGUUGAUGUAAACGCGUAAAUCGCUUCCUCCGUGUAAAACGUUGUCACUUGGAUGUGUACAGGAAAUAGAUGGAUGGUAAAUGAGUUGCAGUGCAGAUUAAAAUCUUGCUGCUUGUUGUUA